AUGUCCUUGGUCUUGUCCUCGGUCUUGGAUCUUGGACCUUGGACCCGCGCAACUGACCGGUCGAGCCUCGUCAGACGCAGCCUUGUUAUGGUCGUCGGGGACCGGCGGAUGGCCACAGUAACUAGCAGAUGGCGAGAAGACGCGUUGCACUUGGUGUCCGUGGGUGUUCCCUUACUUGGCUCAGGAGCCGUCAUGAAUCGAACAGCGCGCGAACCAGUGUGA